AUGAAGUUUUUUCUUGCCUUUCUCUUGGCUGUUGAAGGAUGCAUGCCGAAAAUGGAAGCCCUCGUCGAAGGAAUUUAUUGCGGAAAGGAAACUUGCUACGAAGUUCUAGAGGUUGAUCCUGAGUCGACAGAUAAAGAAAUCAAGAACGCAUACAAAAAACUGGCGAAAGAAAAUCAUCCUGAUCGGUUCUCUGGGCAGAAUUUAUCGAACGAAGAAAAGAAAGAUCUCGACUUGAAAUUCCAGCGAAUCGCCAAGGCCUACGAAACUCUCAAAAGCGAGCGGGAAACUUACGAUGAUUUCUUACUGCACCCAGAAGAGUACUACCAUUUGUACUAUCAAUACUACAGGAGCAAGUUUGUCUCGCCAGAUGUUGACAUGAGACUCGUUUUCUUCGUCCUCGCUUGUGGAAUUUCAUCUCUUCAGUGGAUCGGUUGGCAGUCAAACUACAGAAAUGCGAUUGAUUAUAUGGCGUCAGUGGAUAAAUAUAGACUUGCGGCGAAAAGAGAAGCAGAAGCUCGAGGAUUGAUUGGAAACAAGAAGCAAAAUCGUGGGAAAUCGCAGAUGGAAAUUAAGGAAGAAGAAAGAAAGCACAUCCUGGCGAUUAUCGAAGAGAAAGUCGACAUUAGAGGAGGCUACCAGAAACCUGUUUGGACUGAUAUCUUUCUGGUGCAAGUAUGUAUGUACCCUCUUUACUUGUUUCGCUGGGUGAAGUGGCAUAUUCGUUGGUAUGUGUUGUUCACGAUUCAAAAGCAACCGUUUGGAGAAGAAGAGAAAUUGUACCUCAUGAAGAAACAUCUGAGCCCUCCGUCGAACGCGGCAUGGGAAGAAAUGCUCGAUAAACAUAGAGACGUCUUCUUCAAGCGAGGACUGUGGAUAAAAUCACAUGCGGAAGAAUACAUAAAAGAGCAGGAACAAAAAGAAAGAGAGGAAAAGGCUAAUUCCGCGAGAUGGAAGCAAUAUCGUCGUUACAUGAAAUCAGAAGCCGCCAAACAAACGAUCACUUUUGAAGAUUAG